GGCAAGUGUAUUUGCCCUCCUUUUGUCGCUCUACAUGAACCGCGUGUACAGAUAUACUUGUGUGUGGCAUUUUCUCAGCGUCGACGAUCGUUACGGCGAACGACCCCGUCCCGAAUCGCGAUUACGACCCGAAAUCUCGCUCCUUUUCGUCCCUCGGCGGGCGAAUUUGGAGAGUGGAAUCUAAGGAAAAAGGUGGUCUGAACAGUUCGUGGGAAAGUGGUAGGAUUGGGAUUCUAUAUGCAACGGUCUAAUUGUCGGUGUAACUUACAAAAGCUCCGCAACGUUUGUCAACUGCAGCAAGUGAUUCUUUAACAAAUAGAACCAAGUCUUUCGUUCUCUGGACGACCUGUGAUCCAUUUCUUCGACUUUUACGACGUUUGCCUGGUCGACGGCACGAUUCGAGGCGCCAUGUAUCAGAGUCGACACCCUGCCCCUCCUCACCAACCCGGUCAGCCGUUCAAGUUCACAGUGGCAGAAUCAUGCGACAGGAUAAAGGAAGAAUUUAGCUUUUUACAGGCGCAGUAUCACAGCUUGAAGAUGGAGUGUGAAAAGUUGGCUAGUGAAAAAACAGAAAUGCAAAGGCAUUACGUCAUGUAUUAUGAAAUGUCCUAUGGGCUCAAUGUGGAGAUGCACAAACAGACAGAGAUUGCUAAGAGGCUGAAUGCAAUUUGUGCUCAGAUAAUUCCAUUUUUAUCCCAGGAGCAUCAACAACAAGUAGCAGCUGCUGUAGAAAGAGCAAAGCAGGUUACGAUGACUGAAUUGAAUGCCAUUAUUGGGCAGCAAUCGGCUUUCCCACAUUUUUCCGGACAACAGGCUUUGCAGCACCCGUUGUCUCAUGCUCACCCACCGCCAGUACCUAUGCCACCACAUCCUAGUAGUCUGCCUGGUGGACCCCAUCACAUGCCAUCAGUCAGCAGCUCGGGAUUAUUGGCAGUGUCCAAUGCGUUGUCAAAUCUUCCUGGAAGUUCAAUGUCGGUCAAAGAUGAAAAAUCAGCUCCCUCAGAUGGCCAGAAUUCACUUUCUCCAAGACAUGAUGAGAAAAAACGCAAGAGAGACGAAAAAGAGGAGAGUGACGGGGAAAAGAGCGAUGAUAAUUUAGUUGUGGAUGUGGCAAAUGAGGACCCAACGUCUCCCCCAAAUGGAGAACGAGUGUCACCACGUGAAAAUGGUGAGAAACACCGAAAAAAGGAACGUUCAAGUAGUCCAAACAGUGUCCCCUCAACUGCAAGUACACCUAAUUCCAAGAUUAAAGAGAAUGAUAAAUCAACCACACCAGUUUCCAAACCAGACACUCCAACAAGCGGCGGUGCUACAACACCAGGCGCAAGUGGUUGCAUGCCAGGAAUGAAGCCCCCAAUGAAGGCAUCCGCACCAAUAGCACCAGCAUUGAGGACUCCUAUUUCAUCUAUGGCAGGAGGUUACCCUUUUAUGCCCGGACAAGGAAUGAACCACGCUGAACUGCCGAGUCCUUACAUGACUAACAGUAUGCUACAUAACAGUAUUUCACCAGGACUUGGUAGCUAUGCCAGAAGCCCAAUGGUCGGUUUUGAUCCCCAUCUUCAUGCCAGGGGUAGCGGACUAAAUCCAAGUUUGUCAGGAAUUCCAGGUGGAAAACCAGCAUAUUCAUUUCACGUCAGUGCUGAUGGUCAGAUGCAACCAGUCCCUUUUCCUCCUGAUGCUCUAAUUGGUCCCGGGAUUCCACGCCAUGCACGUCAAAUAAACACUCUUAAUCACGGUGAAGUGGUAUGCGCUGUAACUAUUAGUAACCCAACAAGACACGUCUACACCGGUGGAAAAGGCUGUGUAAAAGUCUGGGACAUUAGUCAACCGGGUAACAAGAGUCCUGUGUCUCAACUAGACUGUUUACAACGUGACAACUAUAUACGCUCCGUCAAACUCCUUCCUGAUGGACGUACUUUAUUAGUCGGUGGUGAAGCCAGUACAUUAUCAAUUUGGGAUCUAGCAGCACCCACACCUCGUAUCAAAGCUGAAUUAACAUCCAGUGCACCUGCUUGCUAUGCUCUUGCCAUUAGUCCUGACUCCAAGGUCUGUUUCAGUUGUUGUAGUGAUGGAAAUAUCGCAGUCUGGGAUCUUCAUAACCAGACACUUGUCAGGCAAUUUCAAGGUCACACUGAUGGUGCAAGUUGUAUAGAUAUCUCUUCAGAUGGAACUAAGCUGUGGACUGGUGGUCUUGACAAUACAGUUCGUUCAUGGGAUCUCAGAGAAGGUAGACAGCUACAACAGCAUGACUUCACAUCACAGAUAUUCUCCCUUGGUUACUGUCCAACGGGAGAAUGGCUGGCAGUCGGAAUGGAAAGUAGCAAUGUAGAAGUUCUUCAUCAUACAAAACCUGACAAAUAUCAGUUACAUCUCCAUGAAAGCUGUGUAUUAUCAUUAAAAUUUGCCCAAUGUGGAAAAUGGUUUGUGAGUACAGGAAAAGAUAAUCUACUGAAUGCAUGGAGGACGCCGUAUGGUGCAAGUAUAUUCCAGUCCAAAGAAUCUUCUUCAGUUUUGAGUUGUGAUAUAUCCAUUGAUGACAAAUACAUUGUGACGGGGAGCGGUGACAAGAAAGCCACGUUGUAUGAGGUCAUUUAUUAAAAGAUGAUCACUAUAUAAAUAUAUAUAUAUUAAAAUAAAGACGCUGAUUGUGUUGCCAUGGACGACACAGGAAUGUACAUUGUCAGUGAAAUGUACAGAUGCAACUGACAUUUAUAGUGUAUUUUUUGCUAUGAGAUUAUGUAUGAAUGUUUAUGCAUUGCAUCCAUACAUGGAAAACUCUGUAAUCCAUUGUGGACCCCAUUUCAUAGAGACCUGGAAAGCAGCUCUCCGUCAAGUCUUGGAUUAUUACCCGCUACUGAAGAUUCAAAUCUGUAUUCACCUCAGAUGUGUUUAUAAUUUGAAAUGAUUGGGAUGUGUUUAGACAUUGAAAAUAAUGCUGCUAUCAUCGAGAGAUGUUUGAACAUGCUGCUCAAAGUCACAGAUUAUUCCCAUGGAACCUGCAGUUUGCCUGCCUGCCUGCCUGCCUGCCUGUCUGUUUAGUACCCGCUGUCUGCCCAUCUGUUUAACAAUGAACUCCACCACUGCUGUAACUAACAUUCACUGCAAUUGGAAAAUCAAGUUUAAGAGCAUCCUUCUUUACAAUUAUUUUAGAUGUUAUUUUUCACAAGUGUUACAUGUUCAACUGUCACUUCUUUCCAGUGCUACCCCCCCCCCCAUGUAUAUAUAUUGGUUUUACCCUCAAUUAUUAGCCCUCAGAUUCUACCAAGAUAUUGGCAACUGUAAGGGUGAGAGGUAUCAUUCUCAGGGAUCUUGGAACUUUAACCAGAAGCAUGCAUGUCCAUGAUAAUACAGUUGUCUAAAAUGCUGUUGAUAAAUGGUUUGAACCAGACAGAGAGAAUAAUAUAGUAUCCAAUAUACUAAACACAACACAAUAGCUCUUCUCUGAAAUGUGUGUGUAUUGACUACUGCUGUGUUGAAUGAUUAUCUGUAUAUUACCUGCACAUCCCUGUUGCCAUGACAAUAUGUACUGCCCUUGGACACAAAUGUCACUAUUUUCUAAUAACUUUUAUUCAAUUUGUGGAGGGGGGGGUGUUUGACAGUACACUUUUGCAGGCUUUGAUUCCCCCACCACCACAUUGCACAGAGGUGUUUAUUUGAGUUCUGUUUCAAUCAAACCUUUUAAGUUAAUUGUACACAGUUUUUUGUUAAAACUUCCAUGAAUGGGGAAAAAAAGUUUUCUUUUGCUUUUUUAAAAAACAAACAAACAUCUGUAAGUUAUUAAGUAGGUUCCGUGUCCCCCUCACUUUGUAUAUAAGAAUUAUCCCUUUUUCUACAUGUGUAGUUGCCUAGGAAACCAUAUAUAGCAAUUAGGAGUGUUGCUAAGUAAUGUUUUGCAUUUAAACAGAGAACUGUAACACAACAAAUUGUUCAAUGGUGUUUUUUUCCUUGAAUUUAUUAUUAAACAAA